AUGAAAAUGCCCGCCUCCCUCAUCCCCCUCACGCUCCACGCCUUCGCUAUUUCCCACAUCACAACCCGCCUUACCAGCCUCACCACGAAACUUCAAGAUGCGUCCAGGCUGGUAACUUACUACAGCAGCCUCCCGCGCCGCUCCAUCCCCCUCCCCACGCUCAUCAGCAUCUCCCGCGCCCUCCGCAACACCCAGCUGUCCCUCGGGCUGCACAUCCUCGUCGAUGACCUCCUCGAAAAGCUCUUGGUGCCUGACAUCUUUAGUGCCGCGCAGCUUGCGCACCAUCGUGUCGUGGUGCGGGACUACGAAACGGCGCUCGAGGGCAUGAACCAAGUGCGAGAUGCGUUGGUGGACCUGGCGGAGAGGGAAAUUGGGGCGGUGGACGAAAAGGUUGUGGGUGACCCGGUGGACGUCGGGAUGGGUACCCAUGUGUUGAGUACGGCCUUGUAUUGCGAGGAGAGGGAGGAGGAUCAGGCGGAUGUGGUGAUGGGGUGGAUGUGGGAGGCGAGGAAACUGUUCCUGGAGACCUUUGGGGCAGCAGAGGGACGGGGAGGUGUCGUUGUCGCAUCUCUCGACAUUGUGUGA